UGAUCAAGGUGACGGUGGCGUUGGGAGUGCUCAUAACCAGCGGAUGCUGGAUCAUUUUACUAAACAGCAAUUCAAAUUACGGCAGGAAAGUGGAAUAGAUUAUAGUUGAUUUUAUAUAUCAGACCUUGCUCUUCCCAUUUCCCUUCUCAAUGUGCCUUCCAAACCCCUUCAAAUCCUACACCCCACGGUCACACAACACAACUCAACCCGAAGCCAUGAGAGGCCGUUUUCCCAAUCGCCAACUUAGCCUGCACGAGUUCUUCGGCCGACAAGAAGACGACGACUUAGUCGAGAUGCGUGCCCCUUACGACCGGCUGGAUCGCAGACCUGUUUACGUUCCUAGGAACAACCCUAGGAACAACCCCAGGAACAGCGCCUUCGCCGCUUUCAAUAAACCCAUCCGCGACGAACAAGCGGAAGAGCAAAGACCUCCAACGAUAAUUGUCCGCUUCAUACGCCAAGGGGGAACAAAUCCAUACCACUUCGACCUCCCCAUCCACAUCGCCUCGAUUCCCACGAACCUCAAUUCCAUUCCUGACGAGAUUCGGGAUGCAGUAAAGGUCCACCAUCCAAGCUGGCGUAGCGGGUUCUCCCUACAGAGUGUGGUGGUCAAAUGGAAAGAUAUCUUUUCGGAAACGGACUUGAUUAGGCUGAAUCGUGCUCAGAGGGAGACGGCUUUCAAGAGGAUGGAGGAGAAUAAGUGGUUGGACAUGGUUGAGAUUAAGUACAAGAGAAACUGAUGGCAUUGCCGGUGGGGACCAUGGGAAAGCCGUGUUGAUUUUGAAAACUUACUUGUUUGCGAUGUCUUCUG